CCUAUUAAUUGUCGUGGUUAAAGGCGCGCCCCAUGGCACGCUUUCUCCCGCCAAAUGUUCCCGCCAUCCUUCAACCACCGCCACCGUGGCUUCACCUCCCUCCUCCGCCGCUGCGACUCCACCAUCCAACUACAGCAAAUCCACGCCCAAUUCGACCCCCACCUCUUCCUCUCCUCCCCCCACCUCGACCUCGACUCCUCCUACCUCCUCCUCCUCCUCCUCCGCUCCCUCCCCUCCCCCACCUCCGCCUACAACGCCCUCAUCCGCGCCUCCUCCGCCUCCCGAAACCCUAGCCGCUCCUUCUCCCUCUACGCCCGCAUGCUCCGCGCCGCCGCCAGGCCCGACCACCUCACCUUCCCCUUCCUCGCCAAGUCCUGCGCCCGCCUCGCACUCCCCCGCCUCGGCCUCUCCCUCCACUCCCACGUCGCGAAGGCCGGGCUCGCUUCCGAUCGGUUCGUCCAAAACUCCAUGGUUCAUAUGUACGCCGCGUGCGGCGAUAUGCGCCUCGCGCGCAGGGUGUUCGACGAAAUCUCCCAACCGAAUGUCGUCUCCUGGAAUUCUUUGCUGGACGGGUACGCGAAGUGCGGCGACUUGGCGGCUGCUCGCGAGGUGUUCGGCCGAAUGCCCGAACGGGAUGUCGUUUCUUGGAGCGCGAUGAUUGACGGGUACGUCAAGGGCGGGGAGUGUAACGAGGCUAUUGAGCUAUUCGAUUCUAUGGAAGCUCUACAAUUCGGGCCUAAGGCGAAUGAGGUAACGAUGGUGAGCUUGCUGUGUGCGUGCGCCCACUUAGGGUCUCUCGAGCAAGGGAGGAGGAUGCAUCGGUACUUGGAGCAAAAUGGUUUCCGCUUGAAUCUCACUCUUGCUACUUCCUUGAUCGACAUGUACGCCAAGUGCGGAUCUAUUCAUGACGCUCUUCUAGUGUUUUGUGCGGUACCGGCUGAGAAAACCGAUGUCUUGAUAUGGAACGCCAUGAUUGGAGGGCUUGCACUGCAUGGGCUGGGCAAAGAAUCAGUUGAGAUGUUUGAAAAGAUGCAGGAAUUGCAUGUUAUGCCGGAUGAGAUUACAUACUUAGGUUUGCUUACAGCGUGCGUUCAUGGGGGUUUGGUAGAUGAGGCUUGGAGUUUCUUUAAAUUGCUCGAAGCCCAAGGAAUGAGACCGCAUGUCGAGCAUUAUGCUUGCUUGGUUGAUGUUCUUGGUCGAGCAGGUCAGAUACGAGAUGCUUUUGAGUUGGUCGAGAAGAUGCCUAUGCCACCGAGUGCUUCUGUCUUAGGUGCUCUCCUUAAUAGCUGCCGUAUGCAUGGGUGGGUUGAGAUGGGAGAGAUUGUAGGGAAGAGGCUUGUGGAAUUGGAACCCUAUCAUGAUGGGAGGUAUAUUGGAUUGUCGAAUAUCUAUGCCGUCGGUAGAAGGUGGGAUGAGGCCAAGAGUAUGAGGGAAGUGAUGGAGAAGAGAGGGGUGAGGAAGGUUCCUGGAUUUAGUGAGAUCGAUGUGGGGGGAAAACUCCAUAGGUUCAUUGCUCAUGAUAAGAUUCAUCCCCAGUCGACGGAGAUUUACUUUAUAUUAGGUCUUCUAACCUGGCAGAUGAAAAUGGAAGAUGGCAGCAUCAAUUGUAAGGCAUUAAUAGAAGAAGAUUGAGGAUGUGACUUCUUCAAGAAUGGACUACAGGGAGUGCUGUCAAACAAGACUUAAAAGGAAAAUUGACAUUGUUCGUGUGAUUGGCACUCAAGAAUGCAUGCGAUUGUUCGAGAAGGAUCAUACCUUUGAAGUUUUAUUGCCCAGGGAAGGUGUAUCUGAUCUCGAGAAGGAACUUAUGUGAAGGCUAAACCAUUGCUAUCACAGAAGCCCUGAAGCAAGAGUGCCCCUUAAUGGCGUACGGACUUUCUGGCUUUCAGUUUGAACUUGCUUUCAAACAGUUUAUUCUCCGAAUUUCAGAUUUCAUCUUUAUCCAUCGUCUGAUAAGCGAUAAAUAAAUUACUGUUGAGUGAAUGCAAAAUUAGUUAUAGCAAGGAGCGCAAAUAGUUUUGAGAUCCUUUAAUGCAAAACCAUUCCCUAUCAAUUUUGCUAAUAAAGCAAGAAUACUCAAGUGGAAUACAGAGCUAAAACAGUAAGCAAUGUGUGGAUUUGGUACAGCAAGAAUCAGGAGGAAGUGCAAUGAUACAGGCUAAUAAUUCCCAGUGGACGGGGCACUUCAACUGCCGUGGCAACCACCAUCAAAAAAGCAUGUGCCUGCUGAGGUCAAUUUCCAAAGAUGACGACACGAUCUGGGCAAGCUAAUAAAGGAAAAUCUGACACUUUCCCUGAAGAACUAGCAAAAGUGAAGCAGGAAAAUGACGAUUUUAAGUACAUAAUUUGCUACAAAGAGGCAAUUGAAAAGAAAUUAGUGCCACCUACUGUUGAUUAUAGAUUACCUCCUACAUGUUCUAAGCCCCCAAGACCAACUCUCACAGGAACAAAGAGGCAGCCCGCCAGUGUGCCUCCUGGAUUUGAAUCUCGACAACCGCCACCAAAAAGACCUCAUUCUCAACAACAGAAGUGGCAGCAAUCACCACCCCGAGAACCUACAUCACAGUCGAACACACCGCACAACCUAUCUCUCCCUAAAGAAGAAGAGUAUCAUCCGAAUCACAUGCAACAGCCAAUUCUACAGCAUUCGAGCAUGCCGCAAUCCACAUUGAAUCACAAGGAGCUCAGGUGUAUCAUAUGUGACAUCCCCUGCACGAGCGCUUUCAAUCUCAACCAACACCUUCAGGGGAAGAAGCAUAAGGCAAAGAUGGAUGUGCUGAGUGGUAGAAAGAAGAAGUCGGGGUUGGACGGGAAUAUGGACUUAUGGUGCAGCCUCUGCAAUGUUCCCUGUAUGAAUGAUUUCUCAUUGGCUCAACACCGUGCUGGGAAGAACCACGCAGUUCGACUCAUUCGCAGCAGUAUAAAGUUUGAAGCUUGAUGAGUUUACUCGGUAUACACUGAACUCGUGUGAAUUAAGACCAACUCAUGUAAACUACGACUAAAGAUAUUACUCUUAAGCCACGAAAUGGCUGAGCUAUCUAUUGCAACACUACUAUAUUGGUUUACAUUUAAGGGACAUGUUAGAAUCUUGUUUAAA